AACACCCAGGGCCAUACCGGGGGCACAGAGCAUCUGCUGCCAGGAGCCGCCGGCUGCGUCAAGAAUUUCGCUGCUGGGGAGACACAGGAGCGAAGGGGGCGGCUGUGGCGGUGGUGGCAGCAGCUGUUCCCUGCCCGCGGCCCUCCCGGCCACUCAGGGCAUUUAAAUUUUAAAGCACACUCCACACGGCUGUUUUCUCCACGUCCCCAUCCAGCUCACAGCGACCCUGUCCCCGGGAGCCACCAGCUUGUAAGGCACCCAUGGGUUCGCUGGUGGCCAAGCUCCUUCUGCCCACCAUCAGUACCUUGGUCUUCCUCCCCACCAUCAGCAUCGCGGCUAAGCGGCGUUUCCACAUGGAAGCCAUGGUUUACUUCUUCACCAUGUUCUUCGUGGCGAUUUACCAUGCAUGUGAUGGCCCUGGUUUAUCAGUGCUGUGCUUCAUGCGCUAUGAUAUCCUGGAGUACUUCAGCAUCUACGGAACAGCCCUGUCCAUCUGGGUGUCCCUGAUGGCCCUGGCAGAGUUUGACGAGCCAAAGAGAUCAACCUUCAUCAUGUUCGGCGUCCUCACCAUCGCUGUGAGGAUCUACCAUGACCGCUGGGGCUACGGCGUCUACUCGGGACCCAUCGGGACAGCUGUCCUGGUGAUAACGGUGAAAUGGCUACAAAAGAUGAAAGAGAAGAAAGGGCUCUAUCCUGACAAGAGUGUCUACACCCAGCAGAUCGGUCCUGGCUUCUGUUUCGGGGCGUUAGCGCUGAUGCUGAGGUUCUUCUUUGAGGAGUGGGACUACACCUACGUGCACAGCUUCUACCACUGCGCCUUGGCCAUGGCCUUUGUGCUGCUGCUGCCCAAGGAGAACAAGAAGGCCGGGAGCACCGGGACCCCUGCAAGGCUCGACUGCUCCACGCUCUGCUGCUGCGUCUGAGUCGCCCGGGCGAGCGGGCACUGGCUUUUCUGCUCCUGGGAUGAUGGAGGGGUGCAGCCAAAAGCAAAAUGCCUGCCCACUGCAUUUUCCUCUGGGACACUGGCAUCUUCUCCUACCAGCCCGUGGGAUCUGCUUCCCUGGAAAGUCUUCACCUUUCUACCAUCAGCCCUAGCAGAGGUUGCGCUUCCAGUUUACUACAUACCUGUACCUCUCCCUGGGGAAGCACUCAGCUGGGCUGUGACCCUGUCCCCUGUCCCAGGAGACCCUUGCACUCUCAGGCUAUGUCACCAGCCAGGCUGUCCCUUGCACUGGCCCAGGAGAACGUGAGUUGUCCCCUGUGUGCAGGUUCGCCCAGCCUGAGCACACAAGGCUUUGUUUGCAAUGCCCAAUUAACAGAACCUGUAUUUUUGUGAGAUAUUUACUAUUUUAUUUAUGCAUUCUCUUGAUGUAAAUAAUAUAUACUAACAAAGACUUU